AUGAAACUCAUCAUUCUUGACCGUGACGGCACCAUCAAUCAAGACAGCGAUGACUUCAUCAAAUCGCCGGAAGAGUGGAUUCCCAUUCCUGGCGCAUUAGAGGCCAUUGCGCGAUUGAACCACGCCGGCUGGCAUACCGUGAUCGCCAGCAACCAAUCGGGCUUGGGUCGGGGUUUGUUUGACAUUUCGGCACUCAACGCGAUACAUGCCAAGUUGCACAAGCAGCUCGCUGCAUUGGGCGGCCGGAUGGAUGCGAUUUUCUUUUGCCCCCACACACCCGAUGACAACUGUAACUGCCGCAAACCUUUACCAGGUUUAUAUGAGCAAAUUUUGGAUCGCAUGGGAAUUGAUGCCACUGGUGUAUUGAGCGUGGGUGAUACCUUGCGUGAUAUAGAAGCCAUUGUUGCAGCUGGUUGCGAGCCGCAUUUGGUUUUAACAGGAAAGGCCAAACACCUGCGUGGCCAAACUUUACCGCCUGAAUACCCUACUCAUACCACUGUGCAUCAGGAUUUAACUGCGUUUGCAGAUUUUGUGAUCAAACGCGACAAGGCAAAAGUAUGA